CCAGUCGACGAAGAUUUUGCAUAUUGCGGGUGUCUGUGAUUUUUGUAAUUUAUUUAAAUCGGAUUUGUAUAUUAAAGUGAACUAUUAAAAAUGGAGUCGAUGAUACCGGUAAACGAUAUGCUCAAAGAUGAGAUCACCAAAGUAGAUUAUACUUUAAUACCUCCGGGGUGCCAGGGUGAUGUCCGGACAGUGAGAAUUGUGCAAGAAAGUCUGGGCAAACUGAUUGAUUCACUCGGGGAGCAAUCGGCAUCAGCACAGGGCCUGUCCAAGGUCAUCACCACUGCCGAGAAGCUCCGGAACGCACCAACUCAUGUUCUGUACCUGUUGAAAGAUGCUGCUGCUAAGAAUGGCGACGGCGAAAUCAUAGGUUUCCUAAAGGUCUCCUACAAACACCUGUACCUGUUUGACGAGUGCGACAAAGUCCGCGAGGUGGAGCCACUGUGCGUGCUGGACUUCUUCGUGAGCGGCACGCGGCAGCGGCGCGGCAACGGCAAGAAGCUCUUUGACUAUAUGCUGCAGGACACCGGCAGCCGGCCGCAAGUCCUGGCCGUGGACGGGCCGUCGUCCAAGAUGGAGACGUUCAUGGCUAAGAACUAUGGCGUGGACCGUCUCAUCCGCCAGAGCAACAACUUUGCCGUAUCGCCCGAUUUCUUCAUCACUUCGCGCGAUGACAAUAAGUCUGGUCGCAACACUCCGGUGAUCCCAACAGCGGCGGUUGGACGGUUCGCCGCUCGCAAACCGCCUUCCACCAUCUCUGACGUGAUCCAUGGGGCUACAGACCGCGUGUACGUGGAAACGACCAACGGAACUCCCGAAGACUCCCCAACACCAGCGCCCGAACCACCCAAAGUUCCGACUCCGGAACCCGAGCCGGAACCCGAACCGGUUCCAGAGGUUCCGGCGUCGCCAAGCCCGGAGCGCCCGACCACAUUGCCAGUCGCUCCGGCGGUGUCUGCUGCGCCGUCCCCGGCAGGCUCUGCCGCCCCGCGUCGUGACUCUCAGCUCACUGACCAGGGCUACUUUGAUGUCAAGUUUUACCACAACAAACUGUGGUAAACCAUGAUUUAUGUCCAGUCCUUUUUACUUGAUGCUGAGUGUAUUUUGAUGUUUAGAUGCCUGAUUUGGGACUUGGAAACUGGAGUAAGAUUUUUUCGUGCAGGAUCUUUGAGAGCUUUUGUAUUAGGAUGUUUAAAAGGAAAAAUUUAAAAACGGAUAUUUGAACUAGGACGGACCGAAUCACUUUUAUCUUGGCGUCAGAUGGCAACACUAACUUGGUCUUGGUGUUACUAAACACCGGUAAGAUCGAAUGGACUACUACAACUUGAGAUGACGAAUAAACCCUUAUUAUUUUCGUUUUCAACCAGCCAAAAAUAGACAUCGAAAUACCGUCCGGGGUGUAACAAUUCCAAUCACAUUUUGGCCGCUCCCCUGAUUUUAAAGUUUGAUAAUUUACAACUAUUUUAAAAUUUUAACCCAACUGAAAAAAAAUCCAUGUGGCAAUUUCAUACACCACAUGUUUUUUUUGAGAAACUUUAAAUAUCAAUAAACUCAACAAUAUCUUAAUUAAUUAUCAAACAUAGUUCUUCAUCUUAAUUGGGUUUUAGUUGACACUGUCGUUUAUUAGGUACCUACUUAUAAUAUACGCCAAAAGUUGUUUCCUUGACAUGUUAAUUUUGUACCUGGUUUAUUGAUGUUAGUUCGUCUGUUAUAACUUUGCUUGAUGAUGUAUGUACUAGCGGCUGUAAUAUCAUCAUUACAUUCAAAUUAUACUGUCUAUCUACAUAUUUAUUGUAUAAUAUUUGUGCACUAUUAAGUUCCUCGUUUAUUGUAAUAAUAUGGAUGUACAUACAAAAGGUGUUCACUUAGUACACAGUAGACAUUCAAUCAGUCGACAAUUUUCAAUCGGGACAUUUUUUAUUUCUUAAAAAAGUAUAUCUAGGUACUAAACAGGAAUUUUAAUUUCUGUUGGUGACUUUAAUGUCGAGUCUUUGAAAUGCAAACUUAUCUUAUAAAGUGGUUUUAGUCGCUAGUGGGCGUUACAUAUCUCUAAAUGUUUUGUACCGAGUGUUCGAUGAGGCUUGCGUUGUA